AUGCAAAUCUAAUCAACUCCCUACUCUUAUACUUUUGAUAAUUUACAGUAGCCAGUCACUGUCCAAGUAUAUCUAUAUGAAAAAAUUAGUAAUCCAUUAUAAGUUAUAGAGCUAUUAAAUAGCAAGAAUGCUAACUUCACAUUCCUUAACGCUAAAUUGAUCGUAUCACUAAAGGAAAUCCUUAUUGGAUUGAAUAGAAUUUAUACUCAACAAGAAAAUUUGACAAGUAAAUCUUUAAUAUUUUAUCUUUCUCCAGAAAGUUCAAAAGCACCAGAAAUAGAACUAUUCAAGGUAUUUGAUUUCAAUCAACCAAGCAUCUUAGUUUUGUAAUAAUUGGAGGGCUGCAACAUUUUUGAUGAGCUAGAUGCAAACAUAAAAGGAAAUGAGUUGCCUAUAAGCCAAAUAGGAUCUUUUAUAGAUCUAGAAUAGAUAAAAAGAUUAUAUGGUAUUACUGAGUAAGAAGCUGAUUUAGAAACUGAUAUAAGAGGAAGUAUAUAUAAUAUUAUUUCAAUGAAAAAAGUAAAAUGA